CGCAGCCUCCCCCACACUCACCUUCCUGUGUAACGGCAGUGCAGAAGAACCGACCGACUACGAGCUAUUACGAGGGCCCUUCGACCUACUUUGCUGCUUUUCCUACUGAUCCAACACUACGGGCGGGACGACAUAAGAAGAGGCUGUGCACUUGGAGAAAACAAUCUAUAAAGGAGGCCUGGAGCAUGGCAGCACCUUACGGGUAUCAAGCCUUCGCUUACCCUCAAACGCCUUACCUCUGGCCGUACUUCCAACAGCCAGUAAAUUCACCUUUCAUCCCUCCUCAAGCUCAGCUUCCGCCUUCUCCAAAUGCCGGAGCAGGGACGCGUCGGGUACGCUUUGAGGAUGAGGAGGACGUUUAUCGCCCUCGGCCACCAUCUUGGCAUGCGGGAAUGGUGGGCACGGCUCCUCCACCUAAUCCCGCCCCGUUCCCCUCGCCUCCGAUGAUUUACACCCAGCUACCCACCGUGGUACCCCUGCAGCCUCAGGCACCCACUCAUCACCGCCGUUACUCGGAUGGAGCGCUGCCGCAGGCUGCCUGGGUCCAGGUCCCCACGUGGAUGCCAAUGUACCCACAAACACUACCGCAGUCUCAGCCUCAGCUUCAUCCCUUGCUAAGCGCUGAAAAUGGGCACAGGUCGCCUAUCGUCUUCGACCUGUCCUUCCACACGUACGAGCCGCGCAAGCAUGCGCCCGGAAGCUUCUCGAGCUCUCAUCUCACCCAGGAUGAGUUCUCGCAGACGGCCACAUACCCGAGCGUGACGCGCAUACUCAUCACCUGCGAUGAGAUCCCAGACUGGCGGGUCGUGCUCGAGCCAUACAGGGAGCAGCCGUCCAAUUCGGGGUACCUCACGGUGCCUGUCACCAAUGCGCCCGCGCCACCCAUCACCGUGCACGAUGUGCUCUACGCCAUUCACCGCAUGCUCCACCGCCAGAUCAGGCAAGCAGACUGGCGCAAGCUGUCAGAUGAACGGACGACGAAGGUCAGCAGGGCGUACACGCGUCGUACCCGCACCCUGUCUACCACGCGAGCGUUCGAGGAGAGCCAGGGCGUGAAGUGGGUGGACUACUUGGAAGACAAGUACAUGUUCAGAGGACUCGUGCGUCACCGUGGAGAACAGAGCUUCGAGCACCUCAGGCUCCUGGUCCAGAGGAAGGACUGACUUGAUCGGACUAGGAUUGGUAUCAGCCAUCUCUUUCGCUUUCUGACUCGUCAGACUCAUUCUAAAGCCCCUCUAUGACUCAUUAUGCCUAUAAAUGUCCCCACACGUUUCGUAUACCCCAGCGCGAAUACUUGUAGCGCAUAUACCCCUACUAGGCUAUCUUAGUAUCACUCUCUAGUACUAGUGCUGUUAGCGUCGUUUACCUUAUUCGUCUAACUUGUACGGUCCCUAUAGAAACUCCUUAUCAUGUAGUAGAAAAG